AGACCCGCGAGCACCUCUUCAAGGUGCUGGUCAUUGGGGAGCUCGGGGUGGGGAAGACCAGCAUCAUCAAGCGCUAUGUCCACCAGCUCUUCUCGCAGCACUACAGGGCCACCAUCGGGGUGGACUUCGCCCUCAAGGUCCUCAACUGGGACAGCAGGACGCUGGUGCGACUGCAGCUGUGGGACAUCGCGGGGCAGGAGCGGUUUGGCAACAUGACCCGGGUGUACUACAAGGAAGCUGUUGGCGCUUUUGUAGUCUUUGAUAUAUCAAGAGGUUCCACAUUUGAGGCAGUCUUAAAAUGGAAGAAUGAUCUGGAUAGUAAAGUUCAUCUCCCAAAUGGAAGCCCUAUUCCUGCUGUCCUCUUAGCUAACAAAUGCGACCAAAAAAGGGAUGGUGGCCAGAGUCCUUCCCAGAUGGACCAAUUCUGCAGUGAACAUGGCUUUACUGGAUGGUUUGAAACCUCUGCAAAGGACAACAUUAACAUAGAUGAAGCCGCCCGGUUUCUAGUGGAGAAUAUUCUUGCAAACCACCAAAGCUUUCCUAGUGAAGAAAAUGAUGUGGGCAAAAUUAAACUAGAUCAAGAGACCUUGAAAGCAGAGAGCAAAUCCCAGUGUUGCUGAGAGGGCCCCUGUAUCUUCCCAGCGAGUUCCUGAGAAUGAGUUGCACAGAGAGGCCGGCUGCGGGUCUUCCCACAGACGGCCCCUCAAAAUGCAGCUCCACCGUGCAUUGCCUACAUGAGUUUGAAAAUGGAACAUCUGAGACCGGUCCCUGCUAGUAGCACCACAGCCUACCAGAUGACCGUUAGGCUUUUGUUGUUGCCAUAUAGUGAGGAUAAUGUUUACGUCCUUCCUUAACAUCUUUUUAAACGACAGUUCCUCAGGAUUUUGUAAGACUACCUUCCAAGUUGUAGCUUUCAGUGUAAGGGGUAGGUGGUAAUAAAACCUUACCCACAGCCUCACGGUCAGUUAAAGUCUACAUUUUGCCUUUGUAUUCAUUCCAUCCUCCCUUUUGAGUGAGGUUUUUAUACUCUGUCCGCCACAACCCCUUGAAGUUUCUCCAGCAAUUUUCUAUCUGAAACUUGUGUACUUCAUAUACAAUUGUUAUGCUUACAUGUAACUUGACCAGUUGUAGCUGAUGUGACAUGUCUUAAACAUUAAAUACAACGUGACCACGCCACACCUGUACUACAGAUGUCUCCUUCUGGAUCUGGUCGCUACCCCU